UGGUCGGCCAGCGGAAUAAAAUAGCAAUAGUUCUAUUAAUUCACUUUUGAGCAAGAAGCCAGAGAUAAGAACAAAUGGCGAGCAAAGUCGGUGGGAAGAUGGGAAACCACCUUCGACAAAAAUAGUUGGUACUAAUACGGUUUCUUCCAGCGAUCCUUCUUUUGACACUGGGACAUCUUGAGGUUGCCCAAAGCCUUGCGAAGCCAGAGCCCGGAGAAUGUCUGGCGUCCACCUACAUGACCCGCUUCAGCGCCAAGCUCUUCCAGGAAAUGAUAAAGUUGGAAAUUAAUCGCAAAGACGUUGUCAUUUCACCCAUCGCCGUGCACGCCAUGCUGGCACUGAUCUACAGGGCAUCGGAGGGUGAAACACUCAGCGAAGUGCAGCGGGUCGGCGAGUUCAACCAGCACCCUGUUUUUUCGUGGCCCUGGACUUCGAGCGACUGAUCAAGUUCAAGAAGCAUCUCCAGAGUGCCAGGCUAUAUACCCGCCCCAGAGUAUUGUACAACCGGAACCUGGGUCCAGUUAAUUCCCGCUACGACGAGUUCUCCAAAUUCUAUUUUGACAUCGCCACGAAGUCUGUGGACAUGGAUAGCGGCAAGGAAUAUGUCAAGCUGGUUACCUUCUGGACAAAAGGAUUCAAUAUUAGCUCCGAGAUGCAGGUGAUACUCGUGAACGAAGUGGAAUUCAGGGGUCUCUGGAAGCACAAUUUCGAGAGGAUCAAAACGCGGAAAUCCAAAUUCCACCUCGCCAACGGUAAAUAUAUCAAUGUUGCAAUGAUGCACAACCACGAAGUCUAUGGGCUGGCCGAUCUGCCCGAACUGGACGCCACCGCCUUGGAACUGCCCUUCAAUGACAGUGCCACCAGCAUGCUGAUCCUGCUGCCCAAUCAGCUCGACGGACUGGCCAGCCUCGAGCAGCAGUUGGCCCAGCCUGAGUUCGAUCUCAACCGGAUCGCCAACCGCCUGCACUGCCAGUCGGUCACUGUGAGCCUGCCCAAGUUCAGUGCCUUUUCCGAUAUUGACAUGACCGAUGCAUUGAAGAUGCUGGGACUCCGGCAGAUGUUCACGGACAGCUCGAAGGUGACCAAAUUGCUCGAACAGACGGUGCGCGUGGACAAGAUCCUGCAUAGGGCCUACAUUGAUGUGUCGGAGUUGGGAACAGUAGAUUCGAACUUUUCGGGUCCAGUUUAUGAGCGGUCACUGCCUGCCAAUUCGAAAGAGUUCGUCGCUAAUCGGCCAUUCGUCUUUGCCAUCCGCACUCCCAACUCAGUGCUGGUGAUGGGUCAGGUGAAGAUCCCUUGGAUACUGUAAAGAAAAAAAGAUAUACUUGUGACGAUCGCAAUUUCGCGAUUAAAUUAAUCACUUUUGAUUUUGACGUUUUUUAAACAUGUGUUGCAUAUGAAAAGUUGACGAAUCUCAAGGGCUAUAAAAGCACAAAAUAGAAAUAAAAUCAUUAUGUUGAUUCAGCGUAAUAAGCAUUUGAAAAUAUCUUUUUAAAUACAAAUAUCACGUAUCUACUAGCAUAAAAGUUAUAGCUGUGCAAAGUUGUUUUUCAUAAAGUCGUAAAACAAAUUUUUUUGUAACAAACUGCCCAACACAAGAAAAAUUAUCCCAGGAUUCUUAGACAUGUCCUUAAAAUUUUGUAAAAACGACAGAGGCUCAAAAAUGUUCGUUUUCAGAUAUACCAAAAAAAAAGUAUUUAUUGAAUAACUUUUGAAUGGAGCUUUGAAUUCUAGAAAGUAAGAUUUCAUUCGACGCAUAAUUUAAAAAAUUUUUUUUAUUUACAAUUAAAACAAAAUUAAGUAUUUUAGUAGUCUCCUAUGCAAGUGCUCCUUGUGCGCAUUGUCAAUACAUGUACUGCCGUCCAUGGUGAUCUAGAAGCCAUUUAAAGGAUAAUUGAAAUAUUUUUAUUGACCGGAUUUACUUGAACUGAUUAAGUUUGUAAGUUUGUUACCCACACAAGCGAACCAAGCAGCUGGAUAUGAGCUCUGUACAC